GCAGCAGCACCAGAAAAGCAACAGCCGCAGCGGAGCCAAGGCGCCCCAGGCGAGGCUGGACGGGGCGGAGUCAUGCCGCGGUCCUUCCUGGUAGACGCGCUGGUGUUGCGCGAAGGCGCCGGAGACAAGAAGGGCUGCACCUCGCCCGGCAGCCCGCCGCCGCCGCCGCUCUUCCCCUACGCCGUGCACCCCUCGCACCCUCUCCACGGGCUCUCGGCCGCCUCCGGAGGCGCCUGUCCCGCUGCGCCGGGAGCCACGGCGGCGGCACGGAAGGCCGGUCUGCUCUGCGUGUGCCCGCUGUGCGUGGCCGCCGCCUCGCAGCUGCACCCGCCGCCGCCGCCCGCUCUGCCGCUCCUCAAGGCGUCCUUCCCGCCCUUCGCCUCCCAGUACUGCCCGUCGCCCCUGGCCGCCAGGCCGGCCCCCGGAGGCUCAGCGGCGGCGGCAGCCGGCCACGGGCCCACCCUCUACCAGAGCGCCUACUCCCUGCCAGAUCCGCGGCACUUCCACUGCAUCUCCGUCGACAGUACGUCGGGCCAGCUGCCCAGCAGCAAGCGGAUGCGCACCGCCUUCACCAGCACACAGCUGCUGGAGCUGGAGCGCGAGUUCGCCUCCAACAUGUACCUGUCCCGGCUGAGGCGCAUCGAGAUCGCCACCUACCUGAACCUCUCCGAGAAGCAGGUGAAGAUCUGGUUCCAGAACCGACGAGUCAAGCACAAGAAAGAAGGCAAGAGCGGCUCGCAUCGCUCCGGAGGCGGCUCGGCGGCGCACAGCUGCAAGUGCGCUUCCCUCUCCGCAGCAGCCAAGUGUUCCGAAGACGACGAGGACUUGCCCAUCUCGCCCUCUUCUUCGGGCAAAGACGAGAAAGACCUCGCCCUAACGCCCUGAGAGGGCCAAUGCUCCCUAGGUCAAACGGCAGCGCCGGUUUCUCUCCCCCCGAUGUAUAGCAAUGAAAUUGACGAGAGAGCCUUGGCUAGCCUCGUUGAAGACCGUGUUGGCUAGACAGACUGUGUAAAAUAAG